GACACAGUCUCCUCUGCUUUUGCGCCGCAUUCGCGAUAUUGUAUUUAUUCACACGGCGUUUACCUAUAUCUUUGUUCAAACCAAAAACAGUUGAUAUUAGGAUGUUCUGCUGGGUAACCUUGCUUGGCGUUCGGUACGGCUUGGGAUCAGGCGGGGGGGGCUCGCUUAAUCGCUUUUUACGGUUGCUAUGCUGGAACCAUUCAACAACUGUUGUGUAUCAAUACGAGAACCCUCAAACAUUUGAGAUACCCGAAUACCAUCAUGAUUCUUUAAUUUCUGCGCCUCCUUCUUCGUUUCACGCCCAACGAAGCGGCGCAUCCCAGACACAUGCCAGAUUGCCAAGGACAUGUCACGAUAUCUGUGUGUAAGUAAGGGUCUUCUGUGUAAACCGGGAUCGUCCGAUAGCACCGCAUUUCCGUCUUACUCCACCUGUUACUGCC